AUGGAAAAUAGCCAAGUCCAAAAGAAAAAGACAUUCAGAAAGUUCGCAUACAGAGGGAUUGACUUUGAAGAUCUGUUGAAGAUGUCAAUAGAGAAAUUCGCAGUGCUCCUCAAAUCCGGAGAGAGAAGAAGAGUCAGAAGAGGAUUCAGCUCAAAAGAGAUACAGUUCUUAAUCGACUGCGAAAAGUCCAAAGUGGAGGCAGAAAAGACAGGAGACAGGCCAGAGUGCGUCACCACCCACUGCAGAUUCAUGAUUAUUUUCCCCCAGAUGGUUGGGUGCGUUCUCGGAGUCUACAACGGAAAAGAGUACAUCACAUUCGAAGUGAAGCCAGAAAUGAUUGGAUUCAGACUUGCAGACUUCAGUUCCCCACAGAAGAUCGUGUCCCACGGUAAGCCAGGAAUAGGAGCCACUUCCUCAUCGAAGUUUGUUCCCCUAAAAUAA